AUGCCUCCCAAGAAGCCAAAACAAAGUGCCACUACACCUGAAUCUCGGCCUCCAAAUUGGCCCCCUUUCAAACCUCUCAAGCCAUCCACAAACCUAUCGCUCGAAACCAUCGUUCCCGAUCAAAUCAUUACAAUAUCAAACUUCUGGACAUCCACUCUAUGUAAAGACUAUGUCUCAUUCUUGAAGACUUUACCUUUAACCACAACACCUGGAAAGCCUAAAAAGGGUGAUGCAUUGAGAGUUAAUGAUAGAUUUCGGAUUGAUGAUUGGGGUUUCGCCGAACGCCUUUGGAGAGAGACGGGACUUAAAGAACUUCUGUGUGGUGAAAUUGAGAAGGAAUAUGAGGAAGAGGGUGAAAGGUUGAGUGUGGAGGAGAGAAAGGAACUAUGGGGAGGAGAUGUUGUAGGGUUAAAUCCUGCCAUCCGAAUAUAUCGGUAUUCCAAAGGACAGUUCUUUGAUUGUCAUUUAUUCUCAGACGAUGAAUCAAAUCUUAUUACACUUCCAACCAAACCUACUCCUACUCAAUCAAAGACAACAUGGACACUAUUGCUGUACCUCACAUCUCCAGCAACGGGUUGUCAAGGAGGUGAAACCGUCUUUUACCCUGAAGAACUUCCCAACAAGAAAUCCUCAAUUUCUGAGCCAGUUGUGAUAGGUCUUGAAACUGGAAUGGUGUUGUUACACAAGCAUGGAAAUGAUUUAAGACUCAGAUACAUCACAACGAGCAGCCUCAGCACAUCUGAAUAUUAUCUUCUCCUCAAGAACAUGUUUGUGAAAUUACCUGUACUUCGAAGCUUUCUCCGCGCUGCCAAGCCAGUCGCAAUCCCACUACGAACACUCAUGACCCUUCCCUCUUUUUCGCUGGAAGGAAAGACGUGCGUUGUCACCGGCGCUGGGAGAGGAAUUGGUAAGGAAUGCCUUACUGCCUUCGCGCUCAGUGGUGCCCGCGGAGCUUGCGUUGACCUUUCGCACUCCAUCGGGGAGAAAUCAAUCGAUGACAUUAAAUCGCACAUUAAAGCCACGAAUCCUUCUUACAAGCCCGACCUUCGUCCCUAUGAAUGUGAUGUGGCAUCCGAAGAGGCAGUACAAAAAACGUGGGCGAAGAUUGUCGAAGAUUUCGGGCAUGUCGAUGUAGUUGUUACAGCCGCUGGUAUUGUUGAGAAUUUUAAAGGAGAGCUAUAUCCUUUUGAUAGAUGGAAGAGGAUGAUGGACAUCAAUCUCAAUGGGAGCUUUUUGUUUGCCAGAGAAGCGGGGAAAUAUUGGAUUGAGAAGAAGUCCAAAGGGAGCUUAAUUCUGGUAUCGUCGAUGAGCAGCAUGAUUUGUAUUAGACCACAAAAACAAGCGGCGUAUAAUGCUUCCAAAGGCGCCGUCUCAAUGCUUGGUAAGAGUUUGGCGACAGAGUGGGGACCAUAUGGGAUCAGAGUCAACAAUCUGUGUCCCGGAUACGUGAAAACAGACCUCAUAAUUCAGCUUUUGGAGAAAGAGGGAAAACAUAUCGAAGAGAAUUGGAUUAAAGACAUCCCAAUGGGUCGCCUGAGUCAUCCAAGUGAGUUGCAAGGAACACUCGUCUAUAUGGCCAGUGAUGCAUCAAGCUAUCUGAAUGGCUGUGAUCUUUACCAAACCCAUACCAAUCCACCUCACAAACGCAAACAAUUUCCUCAAACACAGCUUCUACACGUCAUAACCGCCAGAAUGCGUAUCACAAUCAUCCUUGCAGUCAUAUUCGCAACGGCGGCUUCGGCCCGCGUCAUUCCGGCGUUCCUAUCCCACCCAUCAACGGAGACUGUUACGACGAGAAGUAUUGGGAAUGCACCGGCGAUAGAUCGCAGUCUUCUUGAGGCCGAAGUCUUGUAA